AACACCAGGCCUCUACUGUGCACAUUUUUAUGCCCCCUCACUUCCUCUUAUUCACUGUUGUGUACCAUCUUUCGUUGUGUUGUAUCACCAAAAUGUCAUUCUCAGUUUUGCUCUCCUUUCUUUCAUCUUACACCCCUCCUCUGUGUCGUAUAUAGUUUUAUUUGAGCACGUCUGUCGCCUUCUCCUUUUCAGGGGCCCCAACAUGCCCUCCGUAAUAACUGAAGCCGCUGUUAAAAAAAAAACAAAAAAAAAAAAAAACACUUUUUCCAGACAGAUCUCUUCUCGUAUAUUUACAAAGCUACUGUUAAUGGGACAGGAAUUUCAGGAAGCAGGGCCCCUCUAGUGUGCGCUCUAAUGGACUGUUCAGUGUUGUCAUUGAUUCCUGUAGAUGUUCACAUUGUUGAGCAGUUAACUACAUCUACCAUGUGAAUCUGCACUGUAUGUGUGCAGUCUGUUUAUAAAGCUGACUGUGUGAAGUAUACAGAGGCACCACGUAUGAUUUUUUUUUUUUUCCCCCCUCCUCCUUUUCCCUGAUCCUUGUCUAAUGCUGUAAGCUUGACGUUUGCACAUGUGUGCACUGCAUUCAGUCAGUGAAGCAGAAAUGGUGCAUGGAGCCAUGGCAACAAGCCUCCUAUCGCCCCUCCUCUCGGUUUCCUUAUAGUCUUGUCAAGGACACUGCCGCGGCGUUUUGUGGUCAAAUAAAUGAAGCAAGAGGUUUGCGUACGACUAAAGAAUAACACACGUCAUCUGCUUAUGCAGGGGAUCCUGUCUCUUUAAAAACAAGGGAGAGCCCUCCCCUCCCUGCUGCUACCACUGCCGCCUUCAUCAGAGCUGUUACCCAGACAGCAUGUGUUGCCAUGGUUUUUACCCCUCACUCCCCUCCCUUCCUCUUUCCUCUCUGCACUGCGCAGGGCCUGUUGCCAUGGACACUGCCCUGAGUGACAGGUGGUCCUUGCAUAGAUAUGGUGUCUCUCCCCCAACACCAGCCAGCUACCCCCCACCCCCUGAGUGCUGCUGUCACCGGGGCUACGAGUAAGCCCCUCGCCUUCACUCUCUCCCUUGUUCUUUGUCCGUCAGUGCUCUGUGUCCGACUGCCUGCUGCAGAUUUAUUCAAAGGCUGAUAACAAGCUUGAAAGGGGCUUCCACCUGCUGCUGUGCAGGUCCUGUCUGGACCAGAGGCACAGCAUAGUUGGGCUCACACUGCUCUGUAGAGAUGUCAGGAACAUGUUUGACAUAAAAGAUGGAUGCAGGCACUGUGCUGUCAACCACUAGAUUCUGAAACCUCGAGCUGAGUAUUUUUGCCAGACGUGAUGAGAGGGGUGGCUCCAACUACGAAACCAUACUCUUAUUGGCCUAAUGACUUGUGACCGACAGUUAAUUAGCCAAAAAGUGUCGUCUGGAUAAUCAUCCUUUCCUAUUCACUUCAGUAUGACCUGAAACUUGCAACUGAGCCCAUAAACUGGUUAGGAAAGUGUUUACUGAGGGCACAGAGUGCUUACUGCAACUAGAAGUCUUUAUGCACCCACAGGAAUCACCCCCUAAUGGCUAUUAAAGAAUUUAAACCCUUUUGAUUUAUUUUAACCUACCUCAGGUCAUAAUUUAUAUCAAAUCAAGUGAGCAGUAGCAUUAUUUUUGCCAAGGAUUCUUAAAUCUUUACCGCACAAAUUCUUAAAUUUAAUCUGUGAGAUAAUUGGUGUAACCAAAAUCAGAAUUGCUCUAAAUCAUGCCUUGAAAUGACCACCCAAAUAAGUGCCCAGAUGCGUUUCAAGAUGGCUGCCAAGCGGCAAGACUUCUGGAAGGACUUUGGCUACGUUCCUUAUUUUAUAUUCAGCCUCUGCUACUCGCCCGAGAAACGGCGUCACGUCUUUUCCACGUCCUCCCUCAAAUCUGCAGCAGUGUCACCAGCUGUUGGCCAAUGCAGUGUGUGCAUGCAUUUGUGUGUGUGUGUGUGUGUGUGUGUGUGUCCACGCUGACACACACAGAGCCCAGCGCACGCAUACACGCUGCUGACAGAAUACGUAGUGUUGCCAUGGUAGCAAGCAGGAGCUCUUUAGGAGUGAAGGCGUUGCCGGUGGCGUUUCGGGGGCUGCUCUCUUUCCUCUCCCUGCUGUUGAGCUCUCUCAUGUUCACUCUGCUUGUCCACUCUGCCUCUUCACAGUCUCGCACCAGAUGUUCAUCUUCUAAAUGAUAUUGUCUCUCCAUGCUUUUAUUUAUUUUACACUUGUGGCGUUCUUUUAGGCAAAACUAGAAAAUGGCUAACUGCCACCUUUAAGUUAAACUUUGUUACAAAAAUUCUCUCCUCAUUCCACCCUCUUUCAUCUGUUCUUGUGCGCAGGCAGGCAGUCACGGAUUAUUGGACUGUAUAUCUGCAGUCCUCCCACUACAUAUAUGCACACAGUGCCUGUAAUUCAGCGGCGUCAAACUUGUUUUUGUUUGCAGGCUACAUAAAAGCUUAUUGGUUUUUAAAAAAAAAAAAAAAAAAAAGCUUUUCGUUUCUUUUAGUUUACAGAAUUAGAUUCAUAUAUCUAAUAACUUAUCCAGUUAAACACCUGAAUGGAAAAACCUGAGGUGACUUAAGAUAAAUGGCAAAUCAGUUACAGAGAAGAACAUAUAAUGGAAAAUUGAAAAACCAGGUACUUUUCUGGUACUCAAUUGAACACACUUUUUCUGUUACCUUAUCUAUUACUUAUUUUGACAGGUAAUUUAUCUAUUACCUGUCUCUCUUCAACCUGUACGACAUGCCGUGGGGGAUGGUUUUGGUCAGGAAGAAGGUUUUCAAACCCUCUGUCCUGGAUGAAAUUAACAGUUCUAAUUUUCAUGACAUAACCCAUUUUUAAGAAAUAAAAACUGAAAAGUCCAAAAGGUAUUCCCUACUUACUUUCAGUUUUGUUCAAGAGUAAAUGUAUGAAUAAUACAAACCCACCAAUUAUGCGCAUACAGAAACAAACACACACACAAACAUGCUUCCUUCCUUCCCACAGAACAGGCUCGCUCACUUGUUUGCCUUGUUUGUCAUUAUCUUGAUAUUUUUUUCCCCUCCCAGACUAAUUUGUAACACCUGUGUCUCUCUUCAACCUGUUAAAAAAAAAAAAAUCCUUCUUUCCUCCUCUGAGUGAUACACACCCACAUCUCUUUAUUAUAAAGUGUAGACUUUGAUCUGGUUAAUCAUUGAUGGAAGAAAGUUUGUGAACCAACUGCACCCAGGUAUAUAUGUUCUGUCUUUCUGCAAACCUAAUCUGUGGCAGUUAAUCUGUUGUGUACGCAUACACACCCCUCUUACACUGGGCCCGCCUCCGUACUUGAAGCAUGCACUUUACGUUUUCACUUUGACAGUGAAUAGUUGAGUGGCAGUACACACAGGAAGUGCUGCACAGUGCUCUUUCGGCAUGCAAAAGGAGCAAUAGGGCUGAGAAAGGCUCCCACAGACCAGAGUCGGUGGAGGCCAGCCCUGUGGUGGUGGAAAAGUCGAGCUACCCACACCAGAUUUACAGUAGCAGUUCGCACCAUUCCCACAGUUACAUAGGCCUGCCUUAUGCUGACCACAACUAUGGGGCGCGGCCCCCACCUACACCGCCAGCCUCCCCACCCCCCUCCAUGUUGAUCCGACAAGGAGAGGGGGGGCUGUUUGUUCCAGGGGGCCAGGACGAAGCGUCCAGGGGCACCACACUCAGCACCUCAGAGGAUGGCAGCUACGGGGCUGACAUCACCCGUUGCAUCUGUGGCUUCACCCAUGACGAUGGCUACAUGAUCUGUUGUGACAAGUGCAGUGCCUGGCAGCACAUAGACUGCAUGGGCAUUGACAGACAGAACAUUCCUGAGACCUACCUGUGUGAACGCUGCCAACCUCGACACCUCGAUAGAGAGAGGGCCGUCCUGCUGCAGACCCGUAAAAGAGAGUCUUUAUCUGACGGGGACACCAGUGCUACAGAGAGUGGAGAUGAGGUUCCGCUAGAGCUCUACUCCACCUUCCAGCACACGCCUACCACCAUCACCCUCACCACUGGACGCCUUGGCAAUAAGCAAUCUGAUAAAAAGCGCAAAAAGAGUGGUGAAAAAGAGCCUCCAGCGUCCUCUGCUCGAGCUAAAAAGGCCUUUCGAGAGGGGUCCAGAAAAUCCUCUAGAGUAAAGGGUGCAGCUCCCGAACAGGAGCCAACAGAGCACCCGUCUCUGUGGGAGAACAAGAUCAAAACGUGGAUGGAGCGUUACGAGGAGGCCAGCAGUAAUCAGUACACUGAGGAUGUUCAGGUCCUGUUGCGUGUUAAAGAACAAGGCGACGGCAAGAGUCUGGCAUACAACACGCACCCAGCCUCUUUCAAACCCCCUGUAGAGGCGGUUUGUGUCUCCCAGAGUCAAGUUCAGAAGAACAAGAAGAUCCUCAAGGCGGUGCGAGACUUGGCCCCAGACUCCCUCAUCAUUGAGUACAGGGGCAAGUUCAUGCUUCGACAGCAGUUUGAGGCCAACGGAUACUUCUUCAAGAGGCCAUACCCUUUUGUGUUAUUUUAUUCAAAAUUUGAUGGACUGGAGAUGUGUGUAGACGCUCGCAGCUUUGGAAACGAAGCACGUUUCAUUCGCCGCUCUUGUACUCCCAAUUCUGAAGUGCGUCAUGUCAUUGAGGACGGCAUGUUACAUUUAUACAUCUACUCAUUGCGGCCGAUAUCCAAGGGCACAGAGAUCACAAUCGGUUUUGAUUUUGACUAUGGCAGCUGUAAAUACAAGGUGGACUGUGCCUGUGUGAAGGGGAACCAGGAGUGCCCGGUGCUCAAGCACAACCUAGAGCCCACAGAGAACCUGGGUUCUGGAGGCAGACGCAGAGGGAAUCGGAAGGACAAGGAGUUGGCACGGGACGACCAGGCCCAGAACCAGAACGUGGGUUUGGACGGCGAGGGGAAGGGCAAGAACAUAGGCGACAGCAAGCAGAGAAAACUCUCUCCUCUCCGACUCUCCAUCUCAAACAACCAGGAUCCUGAGUUAUUUGAGGAUCUAGAAGACAAAACCUCCGUUAGCAAUGAAGUAGAGAUGGAGUCAGAGGAGCAGAUUGCAGAGAGGAGGAGGAAGAUGGCCAACCCAGCGGAGCAGUCCCAUCUACCUGUCGGGGCGGCUUCGUGCUGGAGGGGACUGAAAAUCAAGGAGACACGAGAGGAGAGGAAGAUGGAGGCCAUCCUGCAAGCCUUUGCCCGAAUGGAGAAGAGAGAGAAACGACGGGAGCAGGCGCUGGAGAGAAUCGGCAGCAUAAAGUCCGAGGUUGGGGGCCGCAGUGACAUUAAGGAGGAGCCUCCAGCCACACCAGAGACGGCAGAUUCGCCAGCUGUCAUCCAGCCACUUCUGGAAGUAAAAGAGGAGCCAGGUCUAAAGCCAGCCAAAGUUAAAGGCACGAGGAACAGGAAAAGUUUCUCAAGAAACCGUACUCACAUUGGGCAACAGCGGCGACGAGCUCGCACUAUCAGCACUUGUUCUGACCUGCCUCCCAGCUCUCCAACUGAGUCUGUGGAGCCUGUGACCAAUGAAGCCCCUGAAGGAGAAACACCCACUGUGCCAGAGCCGGAGGCCAUCUCCACACAAGCACCCGACACCAGUCCUCCGCACAGCAGCUCACCUGCACCUGACAGAAACCGAACAGGGAGCAAGACUUUCAGAACAAAAAAGCACUUUGUGAAUGAGUGGGUAGGCGAGAAACAGCAGGACCGUGGUGCUGUACGAACACCAGAACCAGUCCCAGAAAGGCCACUGAGAAUAAGCAGUGACCCUGAAGUGCUGGCCACGCAGCUCAACGCCCUGCCAGGCCUGGCCUGCUCCCAGCAGGUCUACAGCACGCCCAAACACUAUGUCCGCUUUUUGUCCCCGUUCUUGGCAAACCGCAGCCCCACAUCUCCCGGGGUCCCCACCGGGAGACGGCGUUCCCGAGAACUACCCGAAAUGCCACCAACCACUGGUUCCUGCAAGAAGCGAUGGUUGAAGCAAGCUCUAGAGGAGGAAGGCUCCACCAGCCCAGGCAGACGGCCAAGUCUUCUCAUGCCCGGUGAAGGCCCCCUCAGCCCCUCCAUUAAUGGAGACUCAGACAGCCCCCUACCCUAUAAUGGCACCUGCUCGCUACCAGAGUUGCCCACUCCUUUGAAAAAGCGAAGGUUGAGUCCUUUGGACGCUUGUAUGUCUGAGAGCUCAACGCCCUACGGUUCCCCUUGUGCCACGCCCACCCGGACAGAACAGUUGGAGACGCCGCUGACACCAGCCUUAAUGGCCACCCCUCCACGUCCCCGAACAGAGGAGCCAAGCAUGGAGCCCUUGCCCAGCACCCCAACGCCAACACUUAAUGCCCCUCAGGAGAAUGAAUCUUCAGGGGAGAACUCACCAGAGGUCAACCGAAAACCCUGUGUGCAGGAGGCCGAUCGUCCUCCUUCGUUGGCGUCCUCUCCCUGCAUCAAGGUUCCUAGUUCAGAUGGACUCCCGUCAGAAGCUAAGGUGUCAGUUCCAGAGAGUCCACAGCCUCCACCUGCUGAGUCGGUGGACUGUGGAGAGGACAGGCCUGAUAGUGGGGGUGUAGAAAGCACCAGUGAGGCUCCCUUGUCUACAGAAGCAUGUGCUUCCUCUUAUUCUGGCUGGAUAAAAAGCCCAGAGAGGGGCCCGACUGGACCAGCUGGCCUGAACUUCUCUCCAGUCAAUUCAAACUUAAGGGACCUCACCCCCUCCCACACUCUGGAGCCUCUGGCAGCCCCCUUCAGGCCUGAGGCUGCAGCAGGACCCUCAGCAGGAACGGGGUCACUGGUUGGCUCCCAGCCCUCGUUUAGCGAAGGCCAAGGGCAGCUCUUUCACCCCGGCUCUGAGGAGGGAAGUUCUCUUGGCUUCUCACGCUCGCUGAAUGGGGACAGCGCUGGUGACGGAGGAGGCUCUGCACAGAACCCCCCACAGAAGAAAAAGGUUUCCCUGCUAGAAUACCGUAAGCGUCAACGCGAAGCCCGUCGCAGCGGCUCCAAGACCGAGUGCAGCUCUCCCGUUUCCACUGUGCCGCCUCUAGCUGUGGACGCCUUCUCUGUCUCUCUAGAGACCACCAGCGAGCCUCCUCUACCUCCUGCUUCCACGGCUCUCUCCAACACCACCACCGCAGCUUUAAGAGAGCCACAGACAAACGAGGAGGCAGAGUCCACCGGAGAGAAGGAGGGAGGAGAAGGACAGUGGACAUCGUCGACUUCUGUAGAGCAGGCCCGAGAGCGCAGCUACCACCGAGCUCUGCUGCUCAGCAAAGACAAAGACACAGAUGGUGAGACAGAAGGUGGAGAUACGCCUUCGAUGAGGGAGUGUGCAUCUCCGAGUGUCCAGAAGACCCCGACCCACACACCCUGUUCUCCUGGCCCUCUUGUCCAACCUUCUGGUCGGCCAUCGAAGGAGGAAGAUGGCGAUGGUCAACCUCGGACGCCAAAUCUGACCAGCCAGCCGACAAGCAAGCCAACAGGACCCAAAUCGGCCCCGCUAACACCGACGAAGCUUCACCCCACCCCGUUACCCUCCUCACCAGUCCACUACCCUGGAUCGUCCCUCCUCCACUCUCCAAAGCCUCAGGCUCAGGGUUCGCCCUAUCGCAGCCAGAGGGCGCUGUUCUCUGCCCAAACUCAGAACCAACCACAGCCCCAGACUCAGACUGGGCCCAGUGCUUUUCCGCAAUAUAAUACACAGAACACUCCACCGCCACCGCCACCACCACCGCCAGCACCGCCUGUUUCCACAGCCUAUUUUCCAAGCCAGAGCCCCUCACCUGCCGGACCUUUCCCUGGGUUUAAACCCUCUGUCACGCCGCCCUAUCCUCCAGGCUCUCAGCCCCUGAUACAGACUCUUCCCCACAGCGUGCACUAUCAGAGUUCAGCUGCUCCUCCGCCGCCACCUCCUCCGCCUCCACACCCAAUGCCUGGCCCCACCCUGCUACACGUCAACCUGCAGCCACCUCCUAUCCAGCAACAUCAGCUCAUGAUGACAACUGCACCUCCUCCACCUCCUCCCCCACAGGGUCAGACCUCCCAACAGCAGCAGCCGCCUCCUUCAGGAGGCACCCUGUUGUCACUUACCCCUCCGCCACCACCUCCUCCGCCUCCUCCAGCUCCCUCUACCAACACCCCAAUGCAGCCCCACCACUAUCAGAACUUAGGGGGGUUUCAGCCGGCACUGAUGCACCCUGGUGCUGCAGCGAACUCUUCAGUACCCCCAUCCUCCUACCCCCCACCCCUUCAGCAGACCGGACUGCCUCCACCUCCCCCACCUCCUCCCCAACAGACUCAACAAGGCCAGUCUCAGGCCGCUGCCUCCCAGAUGCCUUCUGGGACUCGUGGAGCUCCUGCAUCCUCGACCCCCUUCCACAGCUCGGGGUACCUGAGCACAGGGUGGCACUGACCCGCCCCUUCUUGCUGCCGGUGUCUGGCAGCCCCUGAGAACUCAUCGUGAGGGGGCAUGUACCAUACGCUGUAGAUACGUUUUCUAUGUACCUGUACACAUGGCCAGUGGAAAAACAGCUGAUUGUGGGAUAAAAGGGUACUUUUUAAGAAAAACAAAAAAGACAUAAAAUUUUAACAAAAAAGGACAGUGAAAUAAAUCUUCAAGACAGACUAUAAAAAUAAAGAUAGACGAUUCUCCCCGGUGCUCAUAGCCCUUUUCUCUCUGGCCUCCAUGUUUGUUUUUAUAAUAUCCUUCCUGUGAUGGAGAGGAAGGAUCUUUGUUCUGUGUCUUGUUUGGACUCCCGUUGUAAGGCACUUUGUUUAUCAAUGGACAUUCCAGCCUAUAUCCUUCCUCUUCCUUUCCCCUUUGUCAGUUAAACAUUUUACUUCCUCCUCUCACUCAUCUGUUGUCAUCUCUAUACACCAUUUAUUUGUUUUAAUCUAGUGGUUCAUUAUAGCGCAGAGAAAGCUCUUUUUGUAUAGAGAAGAAG